AUAGAAAAUAAUAAAGAGCAAAGAAAACAGAGAGCCAUUUCCUUUUCUGCUCUUCUCUCCUUGUUCUGUUUUAAAAGACAGAACAACCCUUCGCCGGAAAUUUACCUACAAUCAACGCCAUGGGCAUAGCCGAAGCUUCUCCGACCACCCUUGCUCCGCUUCUUCUACGUAACCUAGCCACCUCUCUCUUCGUCUUUGCCGAUAAAUCUCUCAUCAAUUUGGCAAAGAAAUACAAAAUUCUCCAGAUUAUUCAUGCCCUUAUAAUCUCCUCUUUCCUUUUUUUCCUCCGUUUGCUUCCUUCUCUGUUCCCUUCGAUCCAUUCGGUUUCCGAUGAUCGCUACCCUUUAAAACCCCCAAAAGGUGGGAGUUACGGUACAGGCGGAAUCGGUAGCGGAAGCGGCGAUUUAGGGGUUUCUCGAGCCCUAACGCAAUUGCUGUCGAUUAUUAGCCAUGUUCCGGUAAGUUCUCGGAAGUACGAAGUGGUACGGUCGUUGGCGGAGAAGUUGAUUGAUGAGAAUCACUGGGAAGGGAUUGAGGAGCUCCGUGAGGUCAAUCGUGUGGUUCUCUCAGCGGCCUUUGAUCGAACUAUUGGUCUGAUCGAGGCCGGAAUGAUAGAGCGAGGGUUUUGUCAGGAGGAUAAUGACGGAGGGGAUGGUGGUGGUGGGGGGUCUUUGGGUGGACCGGUGGAGUUUGGGUUGGGUCGGGUUGUGAGGGCGGUUCGGUUGUUGGGAGAAUCGGCUUGUAGCCGGUUCGGGAGGGAGAAGGAGGUGGGUAAUCAGAGCGGAAGCUCGGUGGAGAAAUUGGCGGCGGAGAUGCUGUGGCUGGCUCAAAAAAUGGCGAGUUGCGGUUAUUGGAAUGAGGUAUGUGGGCGGUGGGCUUCGGCGGCUCAGUUGGGAAGACUCUCUCUCUCGGCGGAGCCGCGGCUGCAGGCCUCAUUAGUUAAAGUUGCAGUAUUUUUGUUCAAGCAAUGCCGAGAAAUGGGAAAGGAUGAAGAUGGAGAAGAGAGUGAGAAGCAGCAGCAAAUGCAGACGAAGUUGAAGAUGCUGAUUUCAUGGCUUCCAUUGCUAUGCAGAGGCAGCAACGGGACUGAUGCGCCCAUCCUCAGCAUUGGAGAACGGCGAGAGUUGGAGUUGGGGUUGGAGGAGAUGAUAGGAACAUUGCAACAAGAUGAGCAAGAGCAAGUAUUAGCUUUGUGGCUCCACAAUUUCACUUACUCGUCCUUGUCCGAUUGGCCAAACCUCCACGCGUCAUACGCUCGGUGGUACAGUGCCUCUCGUAAGCUCUUGAUCGACCGGGAUCAGUAAUGAUCUUAUAUUUCCAAAAAAAAUAUAUAUAACCUUUUGUUAGUAUUUGAUAGAAGUUUCAAAUGCAAUUUCAUAUUGUAUUUUACUUGUUA